CAUUCUUCGUACUUCUAAUAAUUGAGUGUAAAGUUGAGAAUAGUUCGUCAAUACGUGUUAAAAGUGACAGAUAUUUAUAACAUUGUCUGUGUAUUUUGUUGUGUAAAUCGAUUUGUAACAUUGUAAAAAGUCGUGUGAUAAGUGUGUAAAACACGAAAACUUAUUGUGCAAUGGCUGACAACGAACAAAAAGCUUUGCAAUUAAUUGCAGAAGCUGAAAAGAAAUUAAGUUCAUCAAAAGGUUUCUUUGGUGCAUUAUUUAGUGGAGGUGGUAGUAAAGUUGAGGAUGCUGUUGAAUGUUAUCAACGAGCAGCAAAUUUAUUUAAAAUGGCUAAAAAAUGGUCACAAGCAGGUAAUGCUUUUUGUGAAGCAGCUGCAUUGCAUGCCAAAGCUGGAUCUCGUCAUGAUGCAGCUACAAAUUACGUUGAUGCAUCUGUAUGUUUCAAGAAAACUGACAUUGACGAAGCUGUCAAUUGUCUUUUGAAAGCAAUUGAAAUCUACACAGAUAUGGGGCGUUUUACAAUGGCUGCAAAACAUCAUCAAAAUAUUGCUGAAUUGUAUGAAUCCGAAGCCAUGAGCUUAGAACGUGCUUUACAACAUUACGAACAAGCUGCCGAUUACUUUCGAGGAGAAGAAAGUAACUCAUCAGCAAAUAAAUGUUUACUAAAAGUAGCCCAAUACGCUGCACAAUUGGAAAAUUAUGAGCAAGCUAUACAAAUUUAUCAAGAUGUCGCUGCUUCAUCAUUGGAAAGUUCGUUAUUGAAAUAUAGUGCUAAAGAAUAUUUUUUCCGAGCUGCAUUAUGCCAUCUUUGUGUUGAUGUGUUAAAUGCUCAACAUGCUUUGGAACGAUACACUGAAAUGUAUCCAGCAUUCCAGGAUUCCAGGGAAUAUAAAUUAAUAAAAACAUUAAUUGAACAUUUGGAAGAACAAAAUGUUGAUGCAUUCACGGAUGCUGUUAAAGAUUAUGAUUCAAUAUCCAGAUUAGAUCAAUGGUACACAAUGAUAUUACUACGUAUAAAGAAACAACUUAACGAUAAUCCAGAUUUACGUUGAAUUCGGGAAAUUUUUGGAUAUUUUAUUUAAUAUAUUAUUCAGUUUUAAUAAAAAAAAAAUAUACAUGUUUUUUCUCUCAUGGUUCCAUAUAUAUUAAUGAAAACAACUAAAAAUUAUUAUACUUAAAUAAUGGUCAUCUAUUUAGUAUCUCCCUUAGUACUUAGUUCAUUGAAAUUACCAAUUAAAGGAGAAAUAAAUCCAGAAAACGGUUACCUUUUGAAAAAGAUGGGAUUCGAUAUUAUAUAGCGUCUCACAGCUAAACUUAAAACAAAUUUAUCAAUUUUUAUAAUUUUUUUCAAAUGGGGCCGAAUUAUCACGUUAUAUUCACCUUAGAAAAAAUGUUAAUUGAUACCUUUUAUCUCAUUUGUAUAGGUUCGGCCACUAAUCCGGGCGGAUUUGUACAUCCUACCAUUCCCAACCUCCCUCUGGAGAUGAGGUUUUAAUUGCAAACCCAAUUUUCGUUCAAAUUUACGAAGCUUCACACUUAAGGUCUUAAAAGACUUGUAUGCCGUGCUAUAUUCAUUUAAGGUGCAUUUAGGUUUGCUUAAGAUUUUUUAUUUCAUUUUUAAGCGCCUGUCCAACUGCACCAAUUUCAUCAAGGAAGAACAUGACAAAGUAACAAUAGUUUAAUUUUUACUUUCUUCGAAAAAGCCUUAAAAGUUGCAGAUACCUGUGUGUUAGGUGUGGUUUUCAGAGGUGCCUAACACUAAUCAAAUUAGUGUUAGAUACUAAUAUACGCUGAUACAAUUAUGAAUUCAAAUUAAUAAAUAAAUUAACCAAAACAGUUAUUUAACGGACAAUUUUUUGGAUUUAUUUCCAUGAUAGCUCAUUUCUCGUCUAAUUUCAAUGA